AUGGACGAUACAUCAUCUUCCCAAUACGCAACACCUGCAUCCGCUCUUGAAAACCGGACAUCAAUAACCUCAUCGUCAUUCGAAAAGGAGCAGCAAGAAGGGGCUGAUGGUGUUUCAUCGCUUAUAUCAAGACGUACAUCGUCGCCACAUCCGAGAGUGAGUGCUGCUGUACAGUUUGACAAAAGGGGAAGGAGCUCUACGGUUUCUAGUCCAAAGGAUUUGGUAUCAUCGAGUGCGAUGGCGGAGGGGUUGUUGAGGCAGGCUGAGCUGGAUAAGAGUUUGGUGGCUAGUGAAUCAACAUUCAACUUUGCAUCCCUCGACCACUCAAACACAAUCAAACACCACCUCUCAGAUAUGGAAAUCGAAGCCUACACUGCAUGGAUUAACGCUGAAUUCGGGAACGAUUCACGUCUUGCACACUUAUUCCCAAUCGAACCAACGUCGCUUUUUAAAGCACUUGCAUCUGGAUUGAUUCUGUGUAAACUGGUUAAUCUCGUCAAACCAGGAACGAUUGAUGAGCUGGGUCUUAUAUGGGCUGUACAGAGUCCCGUGAGAGCCAUGUUGUCGUAUCAUGAGAAUCUGACAAAGGCUUUGGAGGGGUCGAAGAAGAUUGGAUGCCAGAUAUCGAAUAUUGGAGCUGAUGAUAUUAUUAGAGGAUCACCGCAUCUGUGUAGUGGAUUGCUUUGGCAGCUAAUCAAGGCAUGUGCCGCAUUACUCUCAAACGUAAAGCUCGACCGCUCCAAAGGCGCUGUAACCCAAGAAGCUGCCCUCUUAGCAUGGAUGAACGACCGCCUCUCCCAAAGUACCAUCACACGACGCGUAACGAACUUUACGACCGACCUCGCAGACUGCGAAUGUCUCCUGCACCUCCUAAACCAAGUCUCCCCCAAAGAAAUAACGCACAUCGACAUCAAGAACACGCUCUCCGAAGCCGAUCUAACGAGACGUGCACAACGAAUGCUCGAACUAGCCGAUCGUAUAAAAUGCCGCCAGUUUGCAACCGAUGCCAGUAUCGCUACUGGAAACAAGCAUCUGAAUAUGGGGUUCCUAGCUGGGAUUUACAAUGUUGCGCAACAGAGUAUUGGCAAUGAUAAUCGCGAAGAGAUGAAUCGGUUGAAGCAAGAGCUGAGUCAGGCUAUGGGACGGAUUUCGAUGCUCGAGAGUGAGAAUAAGGUGCUAAAGGACAAGUGUGGAGCAUUAGGUAAAGAUGUUGUGGAAGCUCAUGAACGAGCUGAAGCUGCAUCGGCAUAUGUUGCAAGACUAGAUCGAAAGAUUGCUUCUGCCAGCGAAGAUAGUCAGCGCUUGCAGGCUGAGAAUGAUGAUUUGGUGCGCAAGUUGAAGGCUGCCAAGGACGAGAACCGAGGUCUUGGAUCGGAUUUGGAAGAGUUAAAAGCUAAGGCUGAGAAGGAUGGGAAAUCGCUUAGCAAGUACAAGGAUGAAGUCAAGAAACAGUGUGCCGAACGAGAUACGCUGAAACAGGAGUUGAAUCAAUCGAGACAAGAACGUGAUCAGCUACAAUCCCAUAUCGAGACAUGCACGUCACGUAUCCGCGCCCUCUCUGCUGAAAACGAGGCGCUGGAACCAUUGACGGAACAAGUUGACAAACUACGUGAUGAUGUGCGCCAGCUCCGUGUCUUGGAAUCCCAAAAGGCCGAUCAAGUACAAAAACUAUCUGCCGAGCUGAGUUUCGCCAGGGGUACUAUCCUUGAAACGCAACGUAGCUUGGAUGAUCAGAGAAUACUUGCUAGUAAUUACAAGACUGAGAAUGAUGCCAACCGUCGAGAGAUUGAGGGUCUUACUACCGAGUUACGAAGUGUUAAGAUUGGGCUUGAGAAUACUGUUGGGGAAUUAGAGUCUGCUAAACGAGGAUAUGAACAGUCGUCGACCAAAGUCAAGUCGUUGAAACAGGAACAGUUGGUGCUAGAAGGUGUUGCUGAAGAAUGUGAGAGACUCAAGGACCAGAUACGAGAGCUGAAGAGGUCUGAAGUUACGGCAGAGAACGAGAUACAGGCACUAAUGAAUUCGAAUCAAGUUUUGAAAUCUGAUUUGAGUAAUACUGUGACAUCCCAUGCUGCACUGGCACGAGAAUCAUCGGCUCUGAAGGAAACAGCUGCGUCUUUACAAUCCCAACUGGACGAAUGCCGUCAACUGCUCGCAUCAACAACCUCAGAAAAGGAGACUCUGCAAGCUCAGGAACUGAAACUGCAAGAAUCAUACGAUGCUAUCCUCAAACAAACCGAACUCUUAACCAUCCAAACCGCUACCACAACACAAGACCUCGAAGACCACAAACGCAUCCUCACCACAAAGCAAGACGAAGUCACAUCCCUGAAAACUGAACGCGACGCACUCAAACUCGAACGAGAAAGACUCGAAGACUCUGAACGACUCGCACACGUAUCCCUCCAAGCAUCCAAACGAGACUUGUACCAAGUCGAGUCGCGUCUUUCCGAACUGUAUACAUUGACAGAUAAGCAAAACACCAUCCAGAUAUCCAUAUCAACACAAAUCCAAUCCCAGAGUGCUGAAAUCACUCGACUCGUAACUGAACGAAAUUCCCUACUCAAACAACACGAAGACGAUUUACGCAAAUAUGAUACUCUGCUUGACGAUGUUUCACGAUGUCGAGAUCUGCUUGCUACCCGAGCUGUCAGGGUAACGAUUGUGGGCUCGGGGUCUUCUGUUACCUUAGACCGUCUUGCUGCCGGUACCGACACCAGUGAAGCACCAUUGUCGGCAUCAGUUACAUGUGUUGUUGACGCACAUAACCGAUUACUGGAUGGGUUGGAACGGUCACAGAAAAAGAUUGCGAGGCUGGAGAAUGCUAUCGCUGUGUUGAAGGAUGUGGGUAGUUUCAAGAAUAAUGUUAAUGGUGGUGGUGGUGCUCGUGUGUUGCAGGAUUCUGGAUCCCAGCUUAUGGAUAGGUUGAUGAAGACACCCUACAAGAGCGUACUGGCCAUGAUUCUGCGACCUGUCGUGUCGCUGUGGACGAGAGGUGGUGCCAGACAUCUGCUAGGCAGCACCUUCGAGCCAUCCUUCUUAAACGGAGCCACACACGCCGCCAAAUCCAUAAUGAACUCGAUAUCCCACUCGCCCUCUAAACUGCCCCGCAUGACCACACCCACACUAAACCAGCACUUACAGGCAGCACUCAAAACCAUACACGCCAGCAACGAGGCCGUCAACAUCCGCAUCCGCGACGUGCAUGCAGCACGGAUUGACUCUGUCGAUAUGCUGUUUGGACCAUCGUUUUACAGCAAGCACACACAAACGAAACUGGUCGCGGCAUCGAAAAACGACGCACUGAGGAUGUACACGUCGCCCAACCCAUCAUAUAGCAUAUACAGGCUCUUUAACGUAUCAUUUGCCAUCCCGAAAAACGAUACACGCCCACUAUACCACUCUGCAACAGACGCAAUCGAGGAAGGGCUCCAGCUAAAAAUCAAUGUCGCGCUAGAUGCCGAUAUAGAUUUUGUGCAUCGGGUUAAGAGCGUAGAUGAGACAGAGUCGGUUGCUGCUGGAAGUGUGAUUGCGUCGAGUCAUGGACGCAGGGUGCUGAAUGUGCAGUUUGAGAGCCCACAUAUUGAGGGAGAUGAGGAAGAGCUGGAUGCGGACGCUGUGAAGGAGGCGUUUAGGAAUGGGGGUGGCUGGAAGGUAUCGGAUAUUGAUUAUUUGUGUGAGAGGGCGCAGUAUCUGGAGUUUGCUGAGAGGCAGCAACAGCAGCAGGAUGUGUAG